ACAUGUGAUGCUAACAGCUAGCACAAAGCUACACAGCAGUCACAAGUGCAACGUUUUUACUUUAUUUUUCAACAAAAUGUCAAGAACUACUGACGACAACAGCGAAGGUCUGAGCGCGCUGAAGGAGGAGAUGAAUCUGAAGAUCAAAGAGCAGAAGAUAGUUGUUGAUGAGCUGUCCAAUCUGAAGAAGGGCAGGAGAGUUUACACCCAGCAGCGUAACAGCAACAUAUUUUUCGUUGCGGACAGAGGGCAGACUCUUAGCUCAUGUAAAAAGGAACUGGACAUCAUGAAGAAAGAACUGCAAGAUAUCUAGUCCAGCUUAACCAUGUGUGGGAUAUUUUGUCAGCUGAGCUCGUCACCUGCUCCAUCUGAACCAAAUGCCACGGUUUAUGAACAACUAAAA